AGUCUCCUUAAAAUGCGGAACACAGAGUUGGUCAAUUUAGAGGACCCUCUACUGUGCUCAGGGUGUUACAGCACUUAGGCCUUGUCUGUACUGCACUUUUGUUAAAACUUUUGUUGCUCAGGGGUGUGAAAAAAACACACACCCUGAACGACAAACGUUUUAACGACAAAAAAUGCUGGCGUGAACGCUCUCCUGCCGACAAAGGGGUGGUUUUAUUUUGUUGUUGGGCAAGCUUUCUCCUGGUGACAAAGGGCAACUACACUGCACGCCUUACAACGGCAUGGCUGUAGCGGCACAGCCACGCCAUUGUAAGGUGCGCAGUGUAGACAGAGCCUCAUUUGGCUUCCCUUCAGAACAUGUCAAAUCUCUUGCAACAUCUGAUUAUUAGUAAGGAGAGAUGUGACAAAGAUCUUUGCAGAGAAUUGAGGUGAAGCUCAUAGACGUAACCCUAUUGCUGUGGUACUGAAAGGACUCAAAUUACAGUGAAUGUCUGUAGAUACGGUUCUUCCUCUAAUGUAGUUACCAGGCAUUAUAAUUUUCUGGUGUGUCACAACCAGUAAUAAGUCUGUGUGUAGAUUCCCAGCCAUUUUAGUUAUGAAACUACCAUUAUGUCUGUCUUAUGGUUAUUGAAGUUAAAAUUUAUCUUCCUUUUAGCCAUAUGGGUUGUUCUGUUUGAUUGCACGCAUAUAACAAGGGUGAUGAAUGAUGUUAUCAGAACCGUGAUAGAAGGGACAUUAUAUUCAUUGGAUCGCCCUUAUCCACCUGUUGAUUCCCUCAAAAAAUUCUAAUAGAUCAGAGAUAGAAGGCUCAUACUGGAGAUAAUGUGAACGGGCUAUAUUCCAUUCCAGUAAAUGGCUUACAUUCCAUUUCUGUAUUGGGAUUGAUGUUAUAGAGAACACACAACAGUUCCACAAUGGAAGAAAGGGCAAAUGGUACAGUGGUUCAUAACUCACUGGCUGAAUACUCUCCCAUCAAGGAAGCAGGCAAGCCAGAUUCAAGUGAUAGCUGUGAAAUGUAUGAAAGAAACAAAGAAACAAUGCAGCUGAAGAAAGAAAUCUCUUUGCUUAAUGGAAUCAGCCUCAUUGUAGGCAACAUGAUUGGUUCAGGUAUCUUUGUCUCGCCUAAAGGAGUUCUCAUCUACAGUGCCUCCUAUGGAUUGUCGCUAAUAAUCUGGGCAACCGGGGGGAUUUUUUCAGUGUUUGGAGCACUCUGCUAUGCUGAACUGGGAACCACUAUUACCAAGUCAGGAGCCAGCUAUGCAUAUAUCUUGGAGGCCUUUGGGAGCUUUAUUGCUUUUAUUCGCUUAUGGACCUCAUUAUUAAUUGUUGAGCCAACUAGUCAGGCAAUUAUUGCAAUAACUUUUGCUAACUACAUUGUGCAGCCUGUCUUCCCUUCUUGUGAGCCUCCUUAUGUUGCCUGUCGUCUCAUCGCAGCUGCUUGUAUAUGUCUUCUAACAUUUAUAAAUUGUGCCUAUGUUAAAUGGGGAACAAGGGUGCAGGAUAUAUUCACAUAUGCUAAAGUCAUUGCCCUUAUUGUCAUCAUCAUAACAGGAAUUGUUAAACUAUGCCAGGGACAUUCAGGACACUUUCAGAAUUCCUUUGAGGGAUCUUCUUGGGACCUAGGAGACAUUUCUCUUGCACUGUAUUCUGCAUUGUUCUCUUACUCAGGAUGGGAUACCCUUAAUUUUGUAACAGAAGAAAUCAAAAACCCAGAAAGGAAUCUGCCACUGGCUAUUGCAGUUUCUAUGCCCAUUGUGACGGUUAUCUAUAUUUUGACCAACAUAGCUUACUAUACGGUGUUGGAUAUUCAUGCUGUUCUUUCUAGUGAUGCUGUGGCGGUGACAUUUGCUGACCAGGUGUUCGGAAUUUUCAGUUGGACAGUUCCUGUUGCUGUAGCUAUUUCAUGUUUUGGUGGACUUAAUGCAUCAAUUUUAGCAUCAUCUAGGCUAUUUUUUGUAGGAUCCCGGGAAGGUCAUCUCCCUGAUCUAUUGUCCAUGAUCCAUAUAGGGAGGUUCACACCUGUACCAGCACUACUCUUCAAUUGUACUAUGGCCCUCAUUUAUCUGACUGUAGAAGAUGUCUUCCAGCUUAUUAACUACUUCAGUUUCAGUUACUGGUUUUUUGUGGGACUAUCAAUAGCUGGGCAAUUAUACCUCCGCUGGAAGGAACCAGAUCGACCCAGGCCUCUCAAGUUGAGCCUAUUUUUCCCAAUAGCUUUCUGUAUAUGCUCAGUAUUUCUGGUGGUGGUGCCUCUAUAUAGUGACACCAUUAAUUCAUUGAUCGGAAUUGGCAUUGCUAUAUCUGGAAUUCCAGUCUAUUUUAUUGGAGUCUACUUGCCCAUUUCCAGGCGGCCUCCAUUUAUCAACAACAUCUUAGGUGCUAUCACUGAAGCCACCCAGGUGCUUUGUUACAGUGUUUUGACAGAGAUGGACAGUGAAGAUAAGAAAUUAGAGACUAAAUCUAACUAAAUAUUUAAAGCAGUUCCAAAAACAGCAGAGAACCAAGCAAAGGUUACUAACAGGAAUAGAAGAGGAUCAACAGGGAAUAUGGGGCAACUGAAGAACCAUUGGAGCCAGGAACAGAUGUACCAGCUAUUACUGAAGAGGGAUGCUUGGGUGCAUCAUACUCCCUGUCAUGGUCUGUAGUUGAAGUAGUGUCAAUUCACAUUAUUAUGGGUAAUCAUUAGCCAGUCACUUCAGACAUAGAAACAAUGUCUGAACUAUUCAUUAUAGUUUGAGGCCAAUGGAAAAUCUCAUAGAAAUGGGAUUUAAGUAGUAAGAGGGGAAACAGAUUCUAGAAUAGUAGAACUUGAGUGAUCAAAUUAAACGUACUUUGGAGAACUAGGUAGCAGAAUAAUGAAUCAUUUUAAGUACAAUUAGGGUGACCAGAUGAGAGACAUGAAAUAUCAGGACACUGGCAGAGGAAAAAAAAAAAAAGGAUGCCGGAGCAUAGGAAAAAUGGGUGGGGGCUGAGCACCCACCUGCAGCUCCCUGCCCUGCCCCCCCCUCCACCACACCAGCUCACCUCUGCCUCCCAUGCUUGGGGAAGAGGCGGAGCCAGGGCUGAGUUUGGGGCACAAGCCCCCUCCACCUGUGCGCCAGAGGGCAAAAUAUCAGGACAAUUUGCAUCCCAACUGAACAUCGGGCGGAACACGGGACAAACAAGUACAUAGCGAGACGUCUGGUCACCCUAAGUACAGUUCAAAACUACUCCAAGUCAGAAGUGACCAAAAGCCACUCAGUGGCCUAUGUGAAGUGACUUGCUUGGGAAUCUGCCCCUUAUCCCAGACAGGCAUCCAUAACAAACAUUCGUCAUUGGCAGUUGCAGCAGAUUGAAUCGGCAUAUAACGAUUGCCCUACCCUUUCUCCUCUAGAAACUAUCAUUUCAAUGAAAAGUGGUGGGGUCUGCAGAGAGAGAAUUCCAAUCUCUAAACCUGUUUUGUUCUGCACCUUUCACAUGCUCCAAAUUGCCUUUUCACAGAAAAACUUAGACUUGAUUAAAAUGUUAAUAUUUACAUAUGGA